AGCACCGGGAUGCAUAUCACUUCCGCUUGCUGCAAAUAAAAAAAGAAAAUAUUUCUCAAAAAACAAAGGCUUAAAAAAUCGAAACACGAAGAAAAGACAGCAAGGAAAAGCGACGCGAAAAAAUCUGUUGCCAAAAGGUGAACACAACAAGCGGAUGUAAAUGUGCCCAGCUGCAUGCCAAAAACUGCAAUUGUCAUCAAUACGAGCUGGGAUUCGGGGCGGUACACAAAGCCAAUUCAUAAAACAAAAGCAAGAGCGGAAAGUGAAUUUCAAUAACGGAUGUAAAUAAACCACAUGAGAUCGAUUACCUCCCCAGCGUGCGGGUGAGGUGAGGAGAGGUGAGGAGAGUCCUGCUGUCAGGAUAACAGAUGCAGGAAAAGGCACCGACUGCAGGUUCAGCUCACAGACCACCGUAAUAAAGCAUCCACAAUAUCAGUUAACUCAGAGCGGGCGGAUGGCAAAAAAGAAUCAUAGCGCUCGAAAAAAAGCACAAGCCAGAAACAUCUGUCCUUUCCUUCAAGGAGUGAGAAAAAACCAGCCGGUUUUAAAUUUAUUUAAGUCAGCAGCAGAAGAAAAAACCAAAAAUGUAUACACAUUGCAGUUAUGCAAAAACAUCUGUCCAGGCUUAAAGGAAAAAUAAAAAAAUCCGGCAAGUUUAAAAUGUACUUAAGUAAGAAGGAGGAGGAAAUUACGGCGAGCGAGAAGCAGAUACAUUUGCGAUGAGGAAGCAGCCGCGGGCCUUGGUCAUCAGAAUACAAAAGCCCAUUAAGGUAUAGCACCUGGACCGAAGAUCACCUCGUUUGGGGCCUCGAGGGAGUCAGGGGAAUUUCGGACAGGAGUGGAGCCGAGUGAAGAGUCCCAUAAAUGUGUCGAUAUUAUUACGCGGAUCCCCGGCGAAUAAUGAGGCUUGUCAUCAGGGCAAAUGAUUCCCAAACGAAUGCGGCCUUAUUGAAAAUCCAUCAAAAUAUUUAAUCUUCUGCUUGCAAGGGAAUCAUUGGAUGGCAAAGCAUAGUUGGACUCAAAGUUGAAGGCCAUGUAGACAUUUUUAGGCCCCAGUUCCAAAGGAAUGGCCACGGCAGCCAAUAACUAAAAAAUAUUUAAAGAAUAAUGUAAUUAUUAAAGGCUUCCCUUACUCACACCAAAGGAUCCCUGACGUGGAAAGACCAGAAAGCAGUGAGCCAGACCAAGACCCAAAACCAAGACCACACCCAAGUAAAAUUCCCAGCGAAAGGCAACCAUCUUAGGCCAAGCUGUAAGCUAACUAAAUGCACUUUGCAAAAGUUGCAUGUUGCCCAAACGAUGGGCGUCAGAAUUGGCAAAUCCGCUAAUAAAUGGGUGAGAAGUGGCUUACGGUAUUGGCGCGGCUAAGAAAAGAAAACCGGAAUGUGCAAGAUUUACACGGUUACCACUUGACCCCGUCUUCAAGCGAUCGCCGUUGUCUAUUCCGACAGGUGCUAAUUGCUAGAAUGUGUAACAUUCUCGGGCGAGAAAGUCUUCUUGGAUCGAUUGAUGAAGCCGUUUUUAUUGAGAAAUCCAAAAUGAAAUGUUCGUGAGCCAGAAAAAGAACGCCUAGAACAUGGAUUAGUAGCUAAAGACCUGAGCUGGCAUAAACACGCACUGAGAUUCGCUCGGGCGUAGAUAAAAAAUAAAAAACAAAAAAAUGAAACUACGUAUAGUCAUUAUAGUGGUUAGUUGCCUGCUCGCCCAGGUGCUGGCCACCCUGGGCAGUCUGUCCAAGCAUCAGAGGAGCAAGAGAGCUCCCAUUCCCUGGCUUAUAUACCCCACCACAUCACCCACCAGAGUUAUGUUCAUUGGCGGCAUAGGUAUUCCGCUGGAGGAUCUCAACUAUGAGGCGGUGACCACCGGCUAUGUCUUGAAGGUGGAGUACUGGCUGCCCACCGAACCUGAUGAGCUGAGGACACCCACAGCAUUGCCUCUCACCCAAGUGGCCACGCCAGGAAUCACUGGAGCCAGAAGGCAGAGGAAACCCAUGUUUGAGAACUUCCUUGUGGGAGUGGAUGAGCUGGGCAAGAACACCAGGAAGCUGCUGACCAGGACCAAUAAGGUUUUAAGUAGCUAUCGCUGGACAGUCUACAAGGGACUGGAGGGAUUGGCCGAUCGUCUGGGAUACCAGGGCAGGAUUUGUGUGCUGAAGAGCAUUUGCGAGGCGGCAGAGGAGCCAUUUCAUUACACCAAUGGGCUCUUUGCGGAUCUUUUGCACAUAUUAUUAACACCAUCCUCCUCAGUAGACAAGUUAUCAGAACAUGCUGAUAACGAGUAUUACUAUGCCGAAAAGGUGGGUCAAUCAGGCGCUGGUUGUGAUCGCGUCUUCAAGGAGUGUCGACUAAGUCUACUGCAACACUUUAGCGAACUCCAUCACAAUCUGGACAAGAUCAUAUUCUGAACAAAUAAAAAAAGACUUAAAUGAUACCAA